ACACGAGAUUAAUGGCCGCCUCCAUCGUAGUUGGAGGAAGAGGUAGGCGAACCGGAAUACACAUUAAUUUUGUAGUGGAGUACACAAGAUUGCCAAUUGGAGAUGGCCCAGCAGUUAGUUCAGAAUGUUGUUGAUAUUAUGGAUAAUGCCCAUUCCCAACAACAACAGCUGACAGAAUCCAUGAAGUCACUGUCAGAGGCCAAACAACAGGUUAAAUUCAGUGCAGAGCAGUCAAAGAAAUGUCUUAAGGAGCACUUUAAGUGGUUAGAAGAAAAAGCUAUAGAAAAUUUGACCCGCAGACUCAAUGAACUACUCUCAGAGGUUGACAGGCUUUCUGAGGAGGCAUUAUCUCCCCUUACAGACUGUGAAGCAAUGCUAAAUGCAGGCAUUUCAGCAGCUGCCAGAGUUAUGGAGGAUGGAAAGAAGAUCUUAAGUAAUAAUCCAAAUGACCACAUUGAGGACUUGGUGAAGUUUAAAGACAACCCAGACACAAAGCAGUUGCAUAGUGUUCCAGAAAUCCCCUCCCUGGCAGACGUGUCUUACCUGUCUGUUGACAGCUUCCACCCUGACCUGGAGAACAAACUUCAUCAGCUGUUUGAAAAUGAGGGCCGGGUACUAGAGAGGGCACCAGCUCAGAUCUCAGAAAUAGAAGAGCGACCAGGAAGUCUGUUGAUUACUUGGACAGAGGUGGAUGAGGAGGUUGAAGCUGGAGAAUUUUGUUUACAAUACUGCUACGGCAGAGUCCAGUCUAACGAAGACAAAAAUGUCACAUUCCACACGGCCUACACUGGUCCCAACACUUCUUGUAAGGUACGACAUCUGAGGACCAGUACACCAUACUCCUUCAGGGUCAGAUCUCGCCCCGAGGGUGAGGAAAAGUGGAGCAUCUGGAGUGUUCCCCGGACAGCUGUCACAACCAUUCCACACUACCAAUGGAACAACACAACGGAGGGGUACAGUACAAGUAAUGAAGACAAGACUGCAACGAGAUUAUCAGAGGGUCCCACUGAAGUCCUGUACUCCAGCAGUAAUAGCUACCGUUGUGGUUUCCCCAUCACAUUCAGGGUACUGGAUGCUGGAGAGAAGACACCCUUUGAUGGAAUUGGCCUCUCUGCAAAUGAUGCAGACACUGAAACAUUACAGAGGAGCAGCUCUAUAUUUGUGGCAACAUCAGGAAGUGUUUAUGUAGAUGGUCAGGAAAUGAAAACAAAGCUACCCAUGCUGACAAGAGGGUCAUCUGCAACCAUAGAAACUGAAGACCUUGGUAAUGGCAAGGUCAGGGUCAGUAUUGAAGUGGAGGGAAAAGCUGUAACCUUUGAUUGGAAGGUAGAACAGCCCAUGAGUUCCAGCAGUCUUAUUGGACUGGGGAUGGGGGCUAACGCAGCCUCUGUCUGUUUGUUCUUUGGAAUGAAAUUUAGCCAUGAGGAUUGGAAAGUUGGAGUUGAAUGAGAGAAUAUCAUGGAGAAAAUGUUAAACUGUUUAUUCUAGUCAAUUGGAAGAAUUAUGAUGUGGCAUCAGGAGAAAAUGAUCUCUUGGCAUUUAGAUGUGCAUUAUGAAUUUCAUUUCAUGUUAAAAAUUCUAAUAAUAUGACCAAGCAUUGUCAUUAUAUUUUUCU